UCCUGUUAAUUUCUAAACUGCCAGUGAGCCGCUGUGAGCGUUCUGUUUUGGUUUUUUCCGUGAUCUUGAGUUACUGCACUCUUAUUUCGUUCCUGUGUUAUUCACACAAUCAUCGCUUCAGUUGCUAUUCUUUUUGCAUAAUUUUUCCCAUCUUCCCGCCAUGAAUCGCCAUCUACUACGCUGUCAGCUGGCACUGUAUCGCGCCAGUAACAGCACCUUCACUGCGCCAGCAUCCUCACCACGCUCCAUCUCAACCACGGCGCCUGUCCUGAAAGCCAAGAAGAAGGACUUGACGGCUAUAAAAGCACGGCGUCCGCCGCCGCCCAUGAUUCCGCAUCCCACGGCCAAGGAGAUGAGCACUAACCCGCCUGAUCCCCGCAAUGAGCCCGGUUUUGAUUGGGAGGCGUAUAGUAAAAAGUUUAAUUUUCGUACAGGCCAGCAUACGGGCGCGGGACCGACGAAUGUGGACAAGAAACAUACGGAGAAACCCGCGCAUGAGCGCGUAUUAUCCACAGGUGGAAUUUCAAAUGCCGCCGAUAAGAUCAAACCCGACGACUCGAAGGAUGAAGACGACGGCUCCCUGGAGACCAAGGAGGACCUCUCCCCGGGCACCGCCAACAAGCAGGAGCUGGCCAAGCACGCCAAGAAGAGCCAUAUCCCACCGGAAAUCGCCGGCAAAGUCCACGAUUCAACGGCGGAAUUCAUCCACAAACAGUCGGGCGCCUCCUCCAUGGGUUCCGGAGGAUAGAAGACCCUUCGUGUGUAUACGUUUCCGCGGGAAGAAUGUGGCUUUUGUGACUACAUUUGUCUGUAGAUAGGAUUUAUCCGUUCGGUGUAUGUUUUCCGUAAGAAAACAUGAUAUGUGUGGUUCAGUUACGCUUUUGUGACUGGAAACAAUCGUCCGUGGUUUGUUUUUCGUUAAUAAUCUUCUGGUUUCGUGAAAAUUUUCGCGUUAGGAUGUUAAAAAAAUUCUUUGUACAGAAACGGCUUAGCGGAAUAAAAAUGAAAGAGUAGAA